CUGCUCGCGAACCAGACCUCGGCAGCCGGACGCAGGCGGAGGCCCGGGCGGCGCGUCCUGGAGCCGCGUCUGCAGCCCGCCGCCAUGCCGGACAGCUGGGACAAGGACGUGUACCCCGAGCCCCCGCGCCGCACGCCGGAGCCCUCGCCGCGGACCUCGCUGCCCAACCCCAUCACCUACCUGACGUGGGCCUUCGACCUCCUCGUGGACCGGCCUGUGACCCUCGUGAGAGAGUUCAUAGAACAGCAGCACGCCAAGAACAAGUAUUACUAUUACCACCGGGAGUUCCGCCGCGUGCCAGACAUCACCGAGUGCAAGGAGAAGGACAUCCUGUGCAUAUUUGAAGCUGAAAUGCAAUGGAGAAGGGACUACAAAGUUGACCAGGAAAUCGUCAACAUUAUUCAGGAGAGACUUAAGGCCUGUCAGCAGCGGGAAGGUGAGAGCUACAGGCAGAACUGUGCUAAGGAGCUGGAGCAGUUCACCCAGGUGGCCAAGGCCUACCAGGACCGCUAUCACGACCUGGGGGCCCAUUAUUCUGCCAGGAAGUGCCUGGCGAAACAGAAGCAGAGAAUGUUGGCAGAGAGAAAAGCUGCGAAAGAGGCUGCUGCUGCCUGAACCGCACACACCUAGUCCCCUCCUGUGACUUUCAGUGUAUUCUGAAAUAAAGCGAUACAGCCUGCCUGGG